AUCCACGGGUUUAAGUGUUUACAUUACGUGGUGGGUUAUAUCUCAUGAGGAAUGGCCAUGGAUGCACUUUUGUUAAUGAAUCAUAAUUACGUUAUGAUUUGGGGGAAAAAAACCGUCUCGGCUGUCUUGAUGUGCGCUGAUAUCUUGUGCAGCGUAGCCCGAUUCUCAUGAGGAGGAGCCUGUGUGUAAAGGUGGACCGUGUUGGGUUGUAAAUUUAACCUUAAAGAUCACUGCACUGCUUUGAAUUCGACACAUUAUUUAGCGCUAACAGAUGUAUUCGCGUUGCGCCAAGGCUUUCUACCCCGCUCGUGGUGAGAAUCGCAGGCUUUCCGCUGGCUAAGUCCCGCAGACGGACGAAUACGGGGUACCUUAAAAGGCGGGUCAAGUGAUUUAUUGGCAGAUUAUGAAGCCAAUCGACUCCUCGAGAGGCUGAACGCCUUCUUUAUGAUUGACACCUUCGUUAUCAAACCAGGGAUCGGCGUUUGCCCUUUCUAACCAAUAUUAAAGUUUCUUGGGAGGAACCGUCGCUGUGAAGGUGUCACCUGUGUGAAAUUUGAAAGGAUUUUUCAGGACGUUUUUUGGAUUUAUUAAGGGAUUUCUUUUGACUGUCUCUUUUGUGGAAAUUCUGAGGAAAUGUAGAGACAGUCUGAUAUAAGGAGUUCUGUCAAACAAAUCUUGCACAUCAUGGUGUAGAAAUGGCUGACUUCAUGUUGUGGAUGCAUAUUGUUUGCUCAUAAAAAGAAGGAAUGUAUUCAUGGAUUACGCCUUAAUGAAACAAAUUAUUUCACCAUGGUGAAACUGGCCAAUCCCCUGUACACAGAGUGGAUUCUUGAGGCUAUUCAGAAGAUCAAAAGGCAGAAGCAGCGGCCUUCAGAGGAGCGAAUUUGUCAUGCUGUAUCAACAUCACAUGGACUAGACAAGGGUGUUGUGCUCCAGCAACUGGAGCUUGCUGUGAAGGAUGGAUCCGUCCUUAAGGUUACUAGCAAAGGUUGCGCUUCAUACAAAGAUCCGGAUAACCCUGGGAGGAUUGCAGCGAUCAAGCACGGAGGCCCGGCCUCCUCUGUGGUGGGAUCUGUGCUACCUGCAGGAGAUCUUCGACAUGUGGAUUGGAAUAAGGUCCUCAGGAGGGCUAUUGAGGGUCUGGGUGUCCCUGCUGGCUCCUCUCUUAGGAACAUAGAGCGAUUCUUAAGGAGCCAGGAUGACUUGGUGAAUGUUGUGGCUAACCCCAGGUUCCAGCAGAGGUUGAGGCUGGCUGCUAAGCGAGCGGUAAAUAAUGGUAGGCUCCUGAAGGAAGGACCGCUCUACAGGAUAAAAAAUGCUGGAGCAGGAGGAAAGGCAGGUUUCAGGAGCAGCGUUGCCUUGGCUCUGGACCUUCCUCCUGUAACACUUCUCCCACAUGAGAAAGACCAGCCUCGUGCUGAUCCAAUACCUAUAUGCAGCUUCUGUUUGGGCACAAAGGAGUCCAAUCGAGACAAGAGGCCAGAAGAACUGCUGUCAUGUGCAGACUGUGGGAGCAGUGGCCAUCCAUCUUGUCUGAAGUUCUCUGCUGACUUGACUGCAAAUGUUAAGGCGCUGCGAUGGCAAUGCAUUGAAUGCAAAACGUGCAGUUCCUGUCAAAUUCAGGGGAAAAAUGCUGAUGAGAUGCUGUUCUGUGACUCCUGUGACAGGGGGUUUCAUAUGGAGUGCUGUGAUCCACCUCUCUCCAGAAUGCCAAAAGGAAUGUGGAUCUGCCAAGUAUGCAGGCCAAAGGAGCAGGAGGAAAAACGACUGCUGCACAGAACAGCAGCUCAGAUCAAAAGACGAUAUGCAAAGCCAGGAAGGCCGAGGAAAAAUCUCUCACAUCCAACAACGCUUGACAGUGGUGAUGCAGGACUCCUUGAGCUGUCAGAGAGAGAGGAACAUGGUAGGGGUCUUAAGAGCACUAUCUGCACCCCACCCUCAUCCAGCACCAUUGCACCCACCACAGACGCCCGGAGCCGCUUGAGCCUCACCGAUCCCCUCACAUCCACCCCAGCCUCUCUCACUGCCCUCACCAUGCUGCCCCCCUACAACAAGAAAACCAAAAGUCUCAUUGACGGCCUCUCCAAAUUUUUCACACCAUCCCCUUUGGGCCGGCGCAUGCGCGGCGAGGCGUCAGAUUCUUCUGAGCAGCGUAGGCCUAAGAAACGGGGCUAUCGGAAACGGCUGUGCAAUCCUCAUUCCAGCACAACGUCAACAGGUACCAGCCAAAGGUUAACUGCCCCAGCUAGUGCAAUCUCUGCACCCUGCCCUUUAUCGGGACACAGCCCCGCCUCGCUGAACCCCAGUCAGUCUCCCUCACCCCCUUCCGCCCAGUCCCCACAGAGCUCCUCGUCCCAGUCUAGUGACCCCUCUCUCAGCAGCCUCCCAAGCAGCAGCCAGCUGAAGGGACUCUUUGACGGACUGUCUCACAUCUAUGCCACUCAGGGACAGUCUCGGCAGAAGGGACUCCCCAGCUAUGCACCGCCUAAGCGAGGGCGAGGCACCCGGGACGCUUCCUCCUCACCCAAAACGCCUUUACAGCUCCAUGGAAACAAGUCUAUCAAAGGGUUCAAUAGCAAGCUAGCAUCCGUGUCCUGCUCAAGCUCAGGCUGGGCACCCAAGAGAGGCCGGCCCUUUAAGACAGCACUUCAUUUCAAACGAACUCCCUUUUUGAAAAAGCACAGGCUGCUAGGCAAGUUUAGGUUUAAGGCCUCCCCUCAGAGGGGGAACCCCACACCAGGGAGGGGCAGCUUGGCAGACGGAAGAAUUAAGCCUGACCAAAACCAUGUUUUAAACACCUUGAGAUGCCUAAAAAGAGAGGCUCAGGAAGGAGGUCUGCCUUCUCCAAAUGACCAAGUGUCUGAGGACGACCUUAAUAUGUUCAGACAAGCCCAGGAACUCUCUGCAAAGAGGACCGAACUUGUGAGUAGCAGUGAUCAAGGACAGUAUCCCUCAUUGAUAGAGUUCGGAAAAUAUGAAAUACAAACCUGGUACUCGUCACCUUAUCCUCCUGAAUACUCAAGAUUACAGAAACUGUAUCUAUGCGAGUUCUGCCUGAAGUAUAUGAAAAGCCGGAACAUUCUGCAGAGGCAUUCAAAGAAGUGCGGCUGGUUUCAUCCACCAGCUAAUGAGAUCUACAGAAAAGAUAACCUCUCUGUGUUUGAGGUUGAUGGAAAUGUAAGCAAAAUUUUCUGCCAAAAUCUAUGUUUGCUUGCAAAGCUUUUUUUGGACCACAAGACCCUGUACUAUGAUGUGGAGCCUUUCCUUUUCUACGUUCUAACUCAAAAUGAUGAGAAAGGUUGCCAUCUUGUAGGAUACUUUUCAAAGGAAAAGCUUUGCCAGCAGAAGUACAAUGUCUCCUGCAUAAUGAUUAUGCCCCAGUACCAAAGGCAAGGAUUUGGGAGGUUCCUCAUUGAUUUUAGUUACUUACUCUCCAGGCAGGAGGGCCAGGCCGGUUCCCCGGAGAAGCCGCUAUCAGAUCUGGGUCGUCUGUCCUACUUGGCGUAUUGGAAAAGUGUCAUACUGGAGUACCUGCACAACCACCCAGAUAAGAGUGUCAGCAUCAAGGGAAUGAGCAAAGCCACGGGCAUGUGUCCACAUGACAUUGCCACCACACUCCAGCAGCUCAACAUGAUUGAUGUGCAGAAUGGCAGGUUUGUGAUUGUCCGAAAGCGUCAUUUGAUACAGAGACACAUGGAACGGCUGAGAGAGAAACCACGUCUUUGUGAGGUCGAUCCCGACUGUCUUGUCUGGACUCCUGGUGGGUCAGCCUGCAGAAACCCAUCUGGAGGGUGGCAGAGAAGUAGGCCUCAUCCUCCAGAAGAGACGGGGGACCUUGCAGAUCGGAAUGCCUCAGCUACUGAGAAAGCAGCAGGGAUGAUGUUCAGCAGAAGAAAACCUCCUCUAACAAAGUGUAAGAACUACAGCAGGAGACCACCAGAGCCACUUUUCAAAAGCAUUGUUGAGAAACAGUUGGAAGCAAGUCAUGACAGCAGCAGCGAUGAUGAUGACGAUGCUUCAGUCCAGUCACAGUCUAUGACGGGGCUUAAGCGAAAGAGAGCAGGAACUCUGCGGAAGAAAAGAGGUCGGAGGAGAGUGCGCAUCAACAGCAGUGUCACGACAGAAACAAUCUCUGAGAGGACGGAGGUGCUGGAUGAGCCGUUUGAGAACUCUGAUGUGGAGAGCCCUGCGCCACAGCUAGAGCAUUCCAUUAGGAGGGAGGACAGUGAUGAGGAUGAGAAGAAGAACCUAAGAGCAGUAGUACGCAGACCUGGCAGACCACGGAAGAGAGAGAGGCCAGAUGACAAUCAUUCAGAUCCAUCCAAAGAAGAAAAAGUAGAAGGUAUCAUAGAUGCAGUGAAAAAGGACAAUCCCCGACCUGUGAAGCGUAAGAAAGGCUGGCCCAAAGGCGUAAAGCGAGGCCCACCCAAAUGGAGACUAAAGAAAGAGAGAAAGAUGGGCUUUAAGCUCAAUCUCUACACACCACCUGAGACACCCAUGGUCAGUGUGGAUCAGGAGCCAGAUGAGGAGCAGGUAGCCAGCCCUGUGUCUGUUCCAGAAGACUGUGAGCCCUGCAGAGAGCCAGAGCCUGUGAAGGCAGAGCAGAACACUUUAGUCUCAGAGAACCUGAGGCCUGAGCCACAGGAACCCACUGAGGAACAUGAGGAUGAUGAACAUUUGGAUAAACCUGACUCUGUGGAUACUUCUUGUGGCGCUGAGAGCAAUGAGGCUCCAAUCGGUCCUGUGAAUUUUGCUGAGCAGUCCACUGAGAAUACAGAAGAGGGAGGGAAUCAGGAACCGGACGAGGAAGAGGAGCAUGAAUGCACGGCAUCUCAGGACCCAGAGGAACGAGAUGAUGAAGAAGAGGAAGAGGAAGAGCCAGAGCCCACUCAUGUGGAAGAUCAUGAUGCAGAUGAUGAGGAUGAUGGUCAUGUGGAUUCCAGUGAGCCAAGGAAAGAGGAUCCUGUAGCAGUGCCAGAUGACAAGGAGCCUCUGGAUGACACUGAACCUACUCCAGAGCCCUGUAAUGACAAGAAGGAGCAGGACCUUCCUGAGGAGUGCGCGGGGGAGGUGGCCUCAGAUAGUGGCCUCGUCAACAUGGAUGCGCAGGACAACACUAGAGACUCGGACCAUCAUCCUGACUCUGGAUCAGAAGAGGAUGAAAGCAGUCAAAAUGUUCCGCAGAAAGAGCAAGAUGCUGGACCUUUGACACCUGCAAUAAAGGAGGACCACAGUAUUUGUCCAGAGAUUGACAUGGAAACCGCCCAGGCAGUUCAGUCCCUAACACAAGAGGCUGAGCAAGAGAGGCACUUCCAAGACUGUGUGGAGACCCAGGAGGCCUGUCGUAGCCUACAAAGAUAUGUUCAUGUGGACCAGAGCCCUCAAAUGACUCCGGUUGAUGACUGCCAGCAGUCAGACCACAGCAGCCCGCUCUCUUCUGUGCACUCCCACCCCAGCCAAUCUGUGCGAUCAGUCAACAGCCCAGCUGUGUCUAUUCUAGAGAGCAGCUACACUCAGAUCAGCCCCGAGCAGGGUGCCAUCUCUGUACACUCUCUCCAUAACAACAUGGAGACUAGCCCAAUGAUGGACGUCCCCUCUGUGUCCGACCACUCUCAGCAGGUGGUGGACAGUGGCUUCAGUGACCUUGGCAGCAUUGAAAGCACCACAGAGAACUAUGAGAAUCCCAGCAGCUAUGACUCCACGCUGGGCAGCAGCAUUUGUGGCACGGGAGCUAGCGCUGGCGCCUCCUCCCAGAGCAGCUGUUCCUAUGGCAACCUCUCCUCCGGUGGCAGCCAUGGACAGAGCAGCUGUGCCGUGUCCCAGCAGAUGGCCGGCCCUGUGGUGAACAAUACUGGCGCCUGCAGCAUGCUCCAGCAGAACAGCAUGAGCUCCCCACAGGGUUGCAGUGUCAAAUCCCCACAAGGCUGUGUACCAGAGAGACAGCCCAGCCACGGGCAUGGCCAUGGGCAUGGACAUGCACAUGGCCACGGGCAUGGGCAUGGACACAGCCACCACCACAACCACCACCAUCACCAUCCACAUCAACACCAACACCAACACCAUCAGCAUCAACAUCAACAUCAGCACCACCAGCAGCCUCUAUCGCACUGCUCAAUGCCUGCAAGCUUCCCUCCACCCAUGCAACUUCCUGACAUCCCUGAGUCCAACAACCCCUCCACCAAUCUGGGGCUGUAUGAGAGGAUGGGCCAGGGUGAGUAUGGGGGUGGGCACUAUGGACAACCCUCAGCUACCUUCAGCCUGGCUAAGCUCCAGCAGCUUACUAACACGCUCAUAGACCAUCCCCUACCCUUCAGCCAUUCUGGAUCACAUCCCAUUACAUCUUACGCCAACAACAAUGGGUCACUGUCUUCACAGCUUGGUCCUCACAACCCCACCCUGGUGUCUCUGUCUCAGCCUCCACAUACAGUCACAGGUGGAGGUCCACAAACACAGGCCACAAUGACUCCACCUCCUAACAUGACGCCUCCCCCCAUGAUGCUGCAACGCAACAUGGCCACACCCAAUAUGAACUUGCCUCCCUCGCAGAGACUGCAAACACAAAUGACCCCCAAAAACCAUCACCAUCACCCGGUGUCCAUACGCUCCAAAUCAGCUCCGCUGCCUCCUCACCACCAGCAGCAGAUGUAUGGCAGGAGCCCACAGACCGUAACCAUGCAGGCUCCUAGCAGGACGUUGGCCAUGCCACCCCGCAUGAACAUGGGUGUGAACCUCAUGCCAGCUUCGGCUUAUAACGUCAACUCGAUGAACGUGAACGUAAACAUGGCUCCACUUAACGCAAUGAAUACGUACCGGGUGACCCAGCCCAUGAUGAAUGGGGGCUACCAUAGCAACCCACCCUAUAUGAAUCAGACUCCACAGUACUCUAUGCAGAUGGGCAUGAUGGGUACUCAGCCUUACCCACAGCAGCCCAUGCAGGCCCCUCCCCACGGCAAUAUGAUGUACAGUCCAGCAGGCCACCACGGUUAUGUGAACACUGGUAUGUCCAAACAACCCUUAAAUGGACCUUAUAUGAGACGAUAAUCGCUAAUGACCUCUGGUUUCCAAGAGGUCAUGAUAUAAUAGUCAGCUUGAUGACUUGAGGUAGUUCUUGUGUUGAUUUUCAUUGUUAAUGUUCGCUUUUCUGAAUUUUUCUGAAAAACCAGCACUUGGUAAGAAUGCAAAAAAGUUGUGUUUUAAUGGCUAAUCUUUAGCUUUUUCCCUAUUUAUGGGAAGCCUUACAUCAUCAGAAUUUAAUGUAACAUUUAAAUGUAAAUCUCUUCAAACUGCAUUGCAGUUUAAUAGGGAUUGCAUUGUGCUUUUUUUUCUGGGGGGGACUUGCAUUAUGGAACCUUUAAAUGUGCCUGCAUUGUAUGCCUUUUCAAUGUACAUGUUUAGCAAUCGCAAGGUUAUGUUUCUAAGUCUGUACUCAUGCCUUCAUAUUAUUUAUUGUAAAUCUACUUUUAUAUUUUUUUAAGUGUAAGGUAAAACUUAGCAUGCUCUAAUGUCUUUGUUAGUGACAGUGCAUCAAAGUAGUACUGUACAGUGUUGUGCUUAAAAGCAAGCAAUUUUAUAUUAAAUGUAUGGCCUUGGUUAGGUUUCCCUCUUAUGGAAGGAAAAAUUAAACUAUAUUUUUGUUGAUUCUAAUACUGUAAAGAUUUUAAACAUUGUCAUGGUUUUUGAGUGUUAAGCUUCGAAGGUUCUAUUGCUAAUUGUGUAUAAUUUGUUACUUUUUAACAAGUUUCUUUACCUGAGGCAGCUUUCUGUUUUUAUACAAACUAAAGCAAUUUCAGUCAAAAUAGCAAAAUAAAUGUCAGUAUUUGUACAUGUAGAAUUCUAAAUCAAGGGGAGGGAAUACAAAAAAAGUACAUUUCACAGGGGCAGUGAUCAGAAAUUGUCAAUUUAUUCCAAAGUUGGUCUUUUAUGAAAUGCCUUUAAACGUACAUUUUCAUUCCAUCUGUAGAUUUUUUUAUCUUUAUAAAACAUCUGAUUUAUAUUUUACUGAAAUGUAGAACAGUGACCUUGUUAAUAGACAAAACAGAUGGCAUGUAUAAAGGUAAAUUGUAUUGGUGUCUGUUUGUAUAGCUUAUUUUGUAGCCUUUGUACCUGUACAGAAUGGGAGUUUGACGUAAGAGGGAUAUCCUGACUGUACUAAUUAAUGGAUCAACAGUCCUGUAUUUAUGAGUUACCUUUUUAGUUGGUCACUUAAAUGCUGUACAUUUUAGCAGAAAAUAAAUUAUGAUGAGCCACUGACAGACUUAAA